AUGGCGACGGAACGACGAAUAAAGUUUUUGAAGCUGCGACAGCGCAACAUCCAAACGUCUUUCGACCUCAUCAAGGCGUUUGUCGACAAUUAUGAGGAUGAUACUGAUGCUUGUCAAGUACCGGUGAGACUAGAGCACCUUGCAUCGCUCUGGUCCGAUUUCAAUAAAGUGCAGGCAGAACUCGAAUCACUCGACGAAACCGGCAUCGAGCAACAAUUCAAACAUCGAUCCAGCUUUGAAUCUGCUUAUUAUAAAGUGAAGGGUUUUUUACUAACCCUUAAUAAAACUCCUGUUACACCGUGUGCUUCUGGUUCUCCUUAUGCUGGUCAUUUCCCUCCAUCGGCUUCGCACGUGCGCUUGCCCGAUGUCAAACUCCCAGUGUUCAGCGGGAAUCUAGAUAACUGGCUAAAUUUUCACGAUUUGUAUCUGUCGCUGGUUCAUUCAUCCGCCGAACUUUCCAACAUUCAGAAAUUCUACUACUUACGCUCUUCGCUAUCUGGGGACGCAUUAAAAUUGAUCCAAACCAUCCCCAUUAGUGCCAACAAUUAUGUAGUCGCUUGGAACCUACUGGAAGAUCACUAUCAGAAUCCUGCAAGGUUAAAGCAUACUUAUGUGGAUGCUCUUUUCGAAUUCUCAACCAUUAAACGUGAAUCCGCAUCGGAACUGCAUUCGCUGGUGGAAAAAUUUGAGGCAAACGUUAGAGUGCUACAACAGCUCGGCGAGCAAACACAGUGUUGGGACAUUUUACUUAUUCGAAUGUUAAGUAUUCGAUUAGACCCAACGACGCGGAGAGAUUGGGAAGAAUAUGCAUCGACCAAAGACGCAAUUUCUUUUCCUGAUCUUACAGCCUUCAUUCAACGUCGCGUGACUGUGCUCCAAAAUAUGCAAUCUAAUUCCGCUGACAUUGUAUUAGCUUCCAAUGUGAAAAAAGGAAACAUUCGCCCUUGCUCCAAAUUCUCAAAACUACGCUUGGAGGACAAGGAAAAGGAAGUACGUCGUCUUCAGUUAUGCCGCAACUGCUUACGUCGGGGUCAUAUGAUCAAGGAAUGUUCAUCAUCCAGCACAUGUCGUAAAUGCCAAGGUCAUCAUCACACUCAACUGUGCUCAACUGUCGCGUGCGACGGGAAGUUAUCGAACUCACCUACGUCCCAAGCCACUUCUUCUCAAACAACCGAGCAAUCAAGAUUACCGUCAGUGUCUGCCACGCUCACCGACUUAGUGAGCCACGCUUCGUCAAGUCACAAGAGCCAUUGUGUAAUUUUAGCCACUGCAGUUGUCAUUUUAGUUGAUGAAAAGGGCAAUCGUCAUCCUGCUAGAGCAUUAUUGGAUUCUGGCAGCGAAUGCUGCUUUGUAACUGAUCGUCUUGCUCAAUCACUUCGAGUGCAGCGCAAACGGACAUUCGUUCCGGUCGCAGGAAUCGGUCAGUCGUCUACCAAUGUUCGUCAGAAAUUUUUAACUACUAUACGAUCACGCAUUAGCGACUAUAGUGCCAACGUAGAGCUUCUAGUCUUACCUAAACUAACUGUAGACCUGCCAACCGUUUCGGUAGACAGUACGUCGUGGCAAUUUCCUCCGGACAUACAGCUGGCUGAUCCUAAUUUUUGUAGAUCUAACCCUGUCGAUCUAAUCUUAGGUGCCGAAGUCUUCUUCGAUUUAUUUAAAGUAACAGGACAAAUUUCGCUAGGCAACGGUAUGCCUGUUCUUAUAAACUCCGAGCUAGGUUGGGUAGUAUCAGGAAGGACUACAACCUGUCAGCGUAUUACACCAGUCAUUGCUAAUGUUGCAACCAAUGUCGAUUUACAUAAUCUAAUGGAAAAAUUUUGGGCAUUAGAAGAAGAUUACAAAUCACCAUGCUAUUCUGCAAAAGAAGCUGCUUGCGAGGAACAUUUUCGCCAAACCGUGGCUCGUACGUCUGAAGGGCGGUACAUCGUAAGACUUCCUAUCAAACAGAACAUUUUAGCCAACUUGAGUGAUAAUCGUAAUACGGCUAUCAGACGCUUCUAUGCAUUGGAGCGACGAUUAAACUUGGAUAGAGAGUUGGGUGAACAGUACAAAUGUUUUUUGGAUGAGUAUUAUGCUCUUCAUCACAUGCAACGCGUUGUAAAUCCACAUGAGAUAACCGUGCCAUGUUUUCAUCUUCCCCACCACGCUGUUGUUCGGGAUAGUAGUUCAACAACAAAAGUACGAGUCGUGUUUGGUGCUUCGUGCAAAUCAGCUAACGGGCCGUCCUUGAACGACGCUCUUUUGGUAGGCCCUAUCGUGCAGGAGGAUUUGAGGUCAAUUAUUUUGCGCUCUCGCAAACAUCCUGUGAUGCUUAUCGCAGACAUUAAGCAAAUGUAUCGGCAGAUAUUACUUCAUGAAAGGGAUACCCCACUUCAACGUAUCAUUUGGAGAGAUUCCAGCGGCGCUCCUCUCAACACCUUCGAACUGAAAACCGUUACGUACGGCGCGUCGAAUAUCGAUGACGCGAAAACGUUGCAAAGGCAACUGGAAGGUUUAUUAGCCAAAGGCGGUUUCGAGCUACGUGAAUGGGCUUCCAAUGAAGAAACUGUUCUGGAAGGAAUCCCCGAAGAAAAUCGUGCAUUGCAAGCAUCCGUCGACCUAAAUUUCAAUCAGUGUAUCAAAACACUUGGCAUUCACUGGGAACCAGCAUCAGACGUUCUGCGGUACCGAAUCAAUCUAGCGAUGCCGCCUACCCCACUCACCAAACGUGUUGCACUAUCUCAAAUCGCUCAACUCUUCGAUCCUCUCGGUUUACUAGGUCCGGUCGUCACAACAGCGAAACUUUUCAUGCCAUCUCUAUGGAUGAUGAAAAACGAUGACGGAAGUCUUUGGGGUUGGGAUCAAGUGCUUCCGACUUCGGUGAUUGAACGUUGGACCAACUAUCAUUCUCAGCUGCCGCGCUUAAACGAACUCAAACAUCAUCAACAGGCCAUCGCCGAGGAGUGCAACGAAAACGGUAUCAAGUGGCACUUCAAUCCACCUAAGGCGUCACACUUCGGUGGCUUGUGGGAGGCCGCUAUCCAAUCGGCACAGAAACACUUCAUCCGAGUGUUAGGAAAUCACAUAUUGGCUCACGACGACAUGGAAACAUUGUUGACACAAAUAGAAUCCUGCCUGAACUCGAGACCAAUCGUUCCUCUUACUGACGACCCAUCAGACAACAACCCGUUAACACCAGGGCAUUUCUUGACGGGAUGCGUGAACUGCGGCGGCGAUCACCCCACCUGCGACCGUAAAUGCACAAAAUGGAUGGAAGAGGGAGCGAUCGUAAGGCUAAAAAUCGACAGGGGACUCUCCUUCCCGGAAGCUCGUGCUCUAAUGAGACAAAGUAAGCCCGAAUCCUCAUAUGCCCAUAAGGUACAAAACCGUCUGACCCCGGGGGGCGACGAGAAGGACAGGACAAUCGCGCUCCUCAAGGCCGAGGUCCUUUCCCUCCGUGCCCAAAAACAAUCCGAGUCCAAGGACUCGGAAAUAAAACAAUUACGCGUGGCACUCGAGGAUGCUGGCAAACAAAUAGCCGAGAUGCGUCAGCAAAUGCAGUCGCUUAAAAACCAAUUAAAUAAUACCACCACCCAGAAGGAGACUCCCUUGUCGACUCAAACAAACGCAACUGUCACCCGAAAACCAACCCAGCAGAAGAAAAAGGCAACUUCACCUCAAAACGGAAACCCAACACAACAAAACAGCAAAACAGAAUACCAGGCAAACAAGAAAAAGUAG